CAGUUGACCAGUAGAUGGCGCUCAAACCACAAGCGCUCCGGAGAACCUUCGCAGAAGAAACAGAGUGACUCGCAUGGAGGUGUCCACUAUUAUGGAGAACGGUGAUUGCACUGGCCAGGAGUCCACAGAGCCCAUCAGCCUUCAUGAUUUUUCCGAGAAGCUGCUGGAGCAGAUGGUGCAUUUCCAUGUGAUGAAGCUCACCGGGGGUUUCUUCCUUUGGGUCGGCACCAGUCCUGUCCUCUCAAACCUGGCAGUGUCCAUGAACAGCAGAUUUGACUCCAUGCCUUUGUCCAGCCUGGUACUGGGGGAUUCAUCAGACACGACCCCAACUUCCAUAGCUCAGAGGCUGACAAAGAAGACCAAGAAGCAGGUGUUUGUAAGCUAUAACCUUCCAGUGACCGACUCCAAUCUAACCAUCUUGGUGGAGAACCGAAUUAAAAAGGAGAUGGAGCUCCAUCCUGACAAAUUUUAACAUCAUUCAAUGCGACGCACUUUUUUUUUUUUUAACACGUUUUGUAUAUAAUAAACGAAUAAAGGUUAACAAAAUACA